CGUUUCGUCAUCCGACGUAUUGUAUAUCAAGCUUGAAUUCAGCAUGUGUUGUAUUUUGAGUAUUCCGGAGUACUGCUAACUUCGUUUUGAUUUGGCAUUUCUUAUUGAAAAUAAAUGCGAAUAUUCAAUUUAAAGCAAGUUUCCCAAUGUGCCUAUCAGUAAUUACAAAAUGAUUUGUCGAAAACUUUGCUCAGCACUCAAGUUAAGAAAUACAGUAGGUUAUGUCAACGAAUUAAAUCGCAUUAUUUGCGGAAAACAACCUCUCGUAUCUCAUUGUUGUGAUGAAGCCAAGAAUGGGUACUUGCAGCCCAGAUUGCAGCCUCCAGUGGUCAGUUUCUGCACGAAAGAACUUCCUAAGAACGCCAAUGUUUUCGGAGACAUCUCAGGCAGAAAAUUCGAGUAUGUUGAAAUGGAUAAGUUUGAAGAAGAGCAGGAAAAGUUUGAGGAUACUGAGGCUUGCGUCCCACGUCGAUUGAAACCUAGUCCAGGCAACUAUGGGCGCAUGAUUAAGUCGCAUUUGAAAAAGAAUGACAUAAAUUCUGCUCUGAAAGUAUUCGAUCUGAUAAAGGAAAACCGAGACAAACCUACGAUGUAUAUGUACAAUCUUCUGAUACGAGCUCUCUCCAUGCAGGGUGAUAUAAAGAAAUGCUUUAGUCUAUAUAAUAAAGCAAAAAAGCGUGCUCUUACGCCAAACGCAGCGACUUACACCUCUCUAUUCAACGCGUGCGCCACGUCGGACAACAAGGAAUUAGCUUUGGAGCAUUUAAACAAUCUACGACAGUCACUGUACCAGAAGCAAUUUCCGCUGAAUCAGGUGCACUACAAUGUCAUGGUGAAGGCAUACGCCUGGCAUAGUCAGAUCGGCGAAGCGUUUCGAUUGGUGGAUGAGAUGAUGGACAAUCGUAUCGAAAUAGGAGAGAUCACUUUCAAUUCGCUAUUUCACGCUGCAAUUGCCGAUAAAGAGAAUGGUCUUCGACAUGCUUUGACGAUAUGGCAUUUAAUGUGUAAGUGGAAGGUCAGGCGCACUUUGAUUAUGUAUGAUCUUUUUCUGCGAACGAUCAGAGAUUGCAAACUGGGGGAUACGAAGGUCAACGAUGUCCUUCUUCCAAACUACGAGGCGACUAGGAUCUUAUUGAAGGAAGGAGAGAAGCCGGAUUUGUUGGCAUCACCGCCCUUUGUGAGCACGUUAUUGCUAUUAAUGGAACCGAAGCAAGGCAAUGUUACGGAAAACUCCCUCAUCAGAGCAAAUGAGCAGAACCUCCCACAGGCAGCGUCAAUACACUUAAACGAUGUGUUCAUGAGCAAUCGUUUAACCUUAUUCGGUGGUAUCGAAGGAUUUUUAGGUCGAAUGGCCGCCGACGGUGUUAAGCCAGGCGCUAAAACCAUUACGAUGUUCCUGGAUUUAAUUCCAAACACAAUAGCUGCUGAAAAUCUUCUCAUGAAAUUGGCAGAUGAAAAAAAUAUCCCGCUAGAUAUUGACUUUUAUAAUAUGCUUAUCAAGAGGCGCAGCAUGCGUCGUGAAUACAAAGCUGCGAAGGAAGUGAUACAAAUAACUGAGAGGAAGUCGCUUGCUCCAAACAUAAUGACGUUCGGAGUUCUGGCACUUUCUUGUCAAGAAUAUCAAGACGCCAAAGAGUUCCUGGAUGGAAUGGAGGCUUUUGGUUAUAGGCCCAAUAUUAUAAUCAUGGGUGCUCUUCUUGGAACAGCUUGCUGUAAAAAUAAUUUCGGAUUCCUCAUGUUAGUGAUGGAUUACAUGGAAAGAAAUCAAAUAAAACCCAAUAAAAAAAUUAUAGAAUCACUGACGAAAUUCUCGAAAAAAAUACCAAAUUUACGGAAGCCUAAGGGUAAAGGCAAAAUGCGAAGAUUGAAAAACUUGGAGAAACACGUCUACAAAUUUGAAAAUAUGUUCUCUAAUUGGCAAAAGUUAGUUAAGUCAAAUGAUUUCUGGUACUUCGUGCUGGUGGCUAAGAUUUCGAUCAGAGCCGCGAGGAUUGACAGUAAAGGUUCCUUGCUGGGUACCGAAUGCGUAAGCUUCUUCUCGAAGGGCUCGUUAUCCUCCUGCAUCAGGCUCAGACCACAGUCGCACAGGGUCUCGAAGAUACUGAGGAUUUCGUACUGCGCACGGACUUCACCGCUGUUCUUCAGGGUGGAGCACAUCAUCUCGAUGACCGUGGCCGCUAAGAUGCCAUCCAAGAGACAUCUUCCGACCAAAAGAGCCGUCGGCGCCGCCAGGUCGCUCAACUGCUUGCACACCGUGGACAAAAGGAGCAAGACUUCUCCGUUCCAAGUGGCGCAGAGUAAUCGCAGAGUUUCCGUGAGAUUCGUGGCUUGCGCUUGCAGAUGCGCCGACCAGAGUUUCCUCAGGCCUACAACUCUCGCCGCGUCCUCGGUGGCGGUCUCUCGCGGUGUCAGGACGGGCGGAAUAGACACCCAAGAGCGGAACGACAGCCGUGAGAUCCUUGAAGUCCGUCGCCAUGCACUUGACGAGCCUCUCCAGCAGUGCCCGGGUCAGCUUCACGCAGGGCAGCAGAAGGGCGACCAACGCCAUACCUCUGCGGCCCGUCAGGGCGGCGCGAUGGAGGAACGGCUGUUCGUAGAACUCGGAGACGUUCGCCAUCACAGCGACCAGGGCGGUGAGACCGUCGGCGGCGAAGAGCUGCGUCAAGGCGUUCCUAUAUUUCAGCUCGACCAUCAGUUCCGCGCGGUUCUGCAGGAUCUCCACACGGUCGGAGUAGCGCACGAUGGCGGAGAUCACUUCGGCGGCGAACUCGCAGAGAUUGGAGUCCGACAAAUAGGGGAUCAGGACGGCCUUCAGCAUCAGCCGUACCACCUCGGCCUCCUUCAUCAGGUAGAACAGGCCUUCCUUCGUGCCGGAGAGAUGCAGGAGGAAGCGGCGGAUCAGCUUGAUCACCUUGAAGUCGCACUCGGGAGAGGACAAUGCCAGCAGGAGACGUGGACCUUGCGGAGGAGCGAGCUUAGGGCGUACUUCAGUCUGGCUAACUUCACCGUGUCCAGCAUCGUCAGUGCCUUUCUGUACAGACUGAUCUUCAGAUUUAAGAACUCCUGCACGAUCACCGGACUGAUCAGCGCGGCGUCGAGGGCUCGCAGGGCGGAAAGUUUCACCGGCAGCGCCACGUUCUCGCGCAUGCAGAGAGACAGCAGCUUGGACGGCGCGUCGACCUUUAGCAGAAUCUCCGGACCUAUGGAUAAUCGACAGAGAGCUUCCGCUAAACGUACACCCACCUUCACGUGCCGCACCUUGUACGCCGGUUGCGGCUGGGCUCUAGCGAAGUCCAUGUCUAAGCCAGCGUUGACGAUGUUGGUCAAGUCGUUGACAUUGUCCGUGCUGAAGUCGAACGGACCUAAUAUGGCACAGAGAGAUUCGCAGUUAUGGACGAACGGCUCCUCCAGAUUCCCCGGUUUCUCUAGACUCAGCAGAUCGGGCGGCAUCAGCGCGUUGCUGUUCCGAAGGAGUCUGAGCAGCACCUUUAGGAUUUUCUUCCAGGGCACUGACACAAGUGUUUCCAGCAGUCGUUCCUUACAAGCAAGCAAGGAAAACAAUAAUUUUAUUAUGUAUGCACAUCAAUUCAGCAUGAGUGAUAAAAACAAAUUAUUUGCAGAAGAUGAAGAUCGGAUAGAGGAAUCUUCCGAUUUGAGUUUCGGGGAGCUGCUAAAAUUAGAGGAGAAAUUAGGAACUAAGUUGUAUCAAGAGACAGUGUCCAGGAAGAAAAUAAAGAUGGAAAGAAAAUUCAAGCAAGAAAAGCAACAGAAACGUGGGAAAAACAGACCGCAUGAAGUAUCCGCUAAAAUACCAGUAUCCACUCUAAGAGAAGUAGUGAAAGUUAAAAAAGUUAAGACUCGAGAUCCCAGAUUCGAUAGCUUAUGCGGUAAAUUUGAUGAGAAGGCUUUCAAACGUUCUUAUGGAUUUAUUAGCAACUUACGUGAGAACGAUCUCAAUGCUCUAAAGAAAGAACUAAAACAAGCCGAAAAAGAUCCGAAAAUGACAAAGAAAAUAAAAUAUCUCAUUCAAAGGCUAGAAAAUCAAUUAAGAGAAGAAAAGAAAUUGAAGGAAAAGAAGGAAAAGGAACAACAAGAAAAGAAGGAACUGAUUGAGUCUAUCAAACGAGGAGAGAAGCCUGUUUUCAAGAAGAAAUCGGAGAAAAAGGCUCUGGAUCUCGUCUCACAGUAUGAAGAACUAAAGGAAUCAGGUAAACUGAAGAAGCACAUUAAGAGACUGUGGAAAAAGAAUAUACGCAAAGACAGAGCAAAAUUAAAAAUGGACGAGAUGGAAUAGAAUAAAUGCAUAUGUAUGGACAAUAUACACGGACAUAUAUAUGAUUAUGUUAACAGAAUCAUGUGUGAAAAUAAGUACACGUUAUGAAUGCUGAAUAUAAUUAAAAUGCUGAUUAAGGGAGAGUUGCCUAAUGUAAUAUUAUGUAUUAUCUGUAUGAUAUAAUCAUUGAAAAAAUAUUUUAGUAGAGGAGAUUUUUGGCUACUCUACAGCUAUUGCUUCAAAUAAAGUUUUGUUUGUAUUUA